GAAGUGGAGCAAGGGAUUCAAUCGACCAUUCCUCAUUUGACCAACCGUCAUUUUACACAGGAGAAAGGCCGUUCACCUGUUCAGACAGUGGGAGUGGAUUCACUCAGUUAUCACAAUUGAAGGUACAUCAACAAGUUCACAUUGGCCAAGGCCAUUCAUCUGUUCUGCGUGUGUGAGAAAGGAUUCAUUUGGUCUUCCCACCUGUGGACACACCAGUCAGUUCAUACCACACUGGGCAGAGGCUGGUCAUCUGUUGAACUUCUGGGAAAGGAUUCACUCAGUUAUCUGAUCUAAUGGCUCACCAGCCAGUUCACACUGGGGAGAAGCCAUUCACCUGCUCAGUCUGUGAGAAGAGAUUCACUCACUCUUCCACCCUAUGGAAACAUCAGCGAGUUCACACUGGGGAGAAGCCAUUCACCUGCUCAGAAUGUGGGAAGGGAUUCACUGAGUCGUCCACUCUACUGGUACAUCAGCGAGUUCACACUGGGGAGAGGCCAUUCACCUGCUCAGUCUGUGAGAAGAGAUUCACUCGGUUAUCCCACCUCCAGAGUCAUCAGCGAGUUCACACUGGGGAGAGGCCGUUCUCCUGCUCAGAAUGUGGGAAGAGAUUCACUGAGUUAUCCAACCUACAGAGUCAUCAGCGAGUUCACACUGGGGAGAAGCCAUUCACCUGCUCAGAAUGUGGGAAGAGAUUCACUGAGUUAUCCAACCUACAAAGUCAUCAGCGAGUUCACACUGGGGAGAGGCCGUUCUCCUGCUCUGAAUGUGGGAAAGGAUUCUCUGAGUUAUCCACCCUACAGAGACAUCAGCAAGUUCACACUGGGGAGAAGCCAUUCACCUGCUCAGUAUGUGGGAAGAGAUUCACUCAGUUAUCCACCCUACAGAGUCACCAGCGAGUUCACACUGGGGAGAAACCGUUCCCCUGUUCAGUCUGUGGGAAGAGAUUCACUCAGUCAUCCACCCUACAGAGACACCAGCGAGUUCACACUGGGGAGAAGCCAUUCACCUGCUCAGUCUGUGGGAAGAGAUUCACUGAUUCAUCCACCCUACAGAGACACCAGCAAAUUCACACUGGAGAGAAGCCGUUCACCUGCUCAGUCUGUGGGAAGGGAUUCACUCAGUCAUCCACCCUACAGAAUCACCAGCGAGUUCACACUGGGGAGAGGCCGUUCACCUGCUCAGUCUGUAGGAAGAGAUUCACUCAUUUAUCCAGCCUACAGAGACAUCUGCAAAUUCACACUGGGGAGAAGCCGUUCAGCUGCUCAGUCUGUGGGAAGGGGUUCAUUUAUUUAUCCAGCCUACAGAGACAUCAGCGUGUUCACACUGAGGAGAAGCCGUUUACCUGCUCAGAAUGUGGGAUAGCAUUCACUCAGUCAUCCCAACUACUGGCUCACCAGUCAGUUCACAAUGGGGAGUGGCCAUUGUUAUGAAUCCCUAGGUUUCGUUUGCUGUAGGCUAUCAUUUUAAGAGAAAGAGAUUAAGGUGAUUCAGUCUGAUUUGCAGCUUGUUUAGUUUUAACCGAGGACACAGACACUCAGAGUCAGACAGAGAUGAAAGAGGUAAAAUGGAAGAAUCGAAACCAGGGAACUAGUGGCCAAGGGUCACCGUUUGGAACUUUCCUAUGCCCACAAGGGUGGAUUAAUCAUCAAUUCACCGUACAUCGAAUGUGUAGUUGUCACCUCAUUUGAUCCAUAGGAGUGGAUCUGAUUUGGGGAUCCUGUGAAGACUGCUGAUGUGUUAACCCUUGCCUGGAUGUGGUGUGGUAAUUCACUUGAAGAUGAUACCCCUUGUGACAAGUCACUUUGGGUGAUAAUUAGUAAGUGAGAUUUUGGAAUGACGACAGAUAAAAUCUACAGCGACUGUUCUCUCAUUUUCCCACCAUGGAACCUGAGGAAUUCGAGAUAAUUGCCUUCUCUUGACAUUUACCCCAGAUUACAAAUAUCUCUCUCAUCACCUAUUCUGUGGAUGAACCGAACUUUCAUAAUUUACCAUCUCAAGACUCUUAAGCCUUGAUUCCCCCGAGCUCAAUAGUUUGGGCAACACACAAAAUGCCAGUGGAACACAGCAGGCUAGGCAGCAUCUAUAGAGAGAAGCACUGUCGAUGUUUCAGGCCGAGUCCCUUCGUCAGGACUACCUGAAAGGAAAGAUAGGAAGAGAUUUGAAAGGAGGAGGGUGAGGGGGAAAUGUGAAAGAUAGAAGACCAGAGGGGGUGGGGUGAAGCUGAGAGCUGGAAAGGUGAUUGGCAAAAGGGAUACAAAACUGGAGAAGGGACAGCAUCAUGGGACGGGAGGCUUCGGGAGAAAGAAAGGGGGAGGGGAGCACCAGAGGGAGUUGGAGAACAGGCAGAGUGAUGGUUAGAGAAAGAGGGAACAAAAAAUCUAAAUAUAUCACGGAUGGGGUGAGAAGGUGAGGAGUGGUGUUAACGGAAGUUAGAAAAGUCAAUGUUCAUGCCAUCAGGUUGGAGGCUACCCAGCCGGUAGAUAGGGUGUUGUUCCUCCAAACUGAGUGUGGCUUCAUCUUGACAGUAGAGGAGGCCAUGGCCUAUUCUGCUUUGAUAGUUGAUGAAGCAGCUGAUUAUGUCCUAGUGAAACAGUCUGUGCUCAAAGCUUACGAUUUGGUCCCAGAAUCAUACAGGCAAAAAUUUGGAAAUUGAAGGAAAUUUGUGAAUCAGACUUAUCUGGCAUUUGCUUCUCAGAAGUCUGUGUGUUUUGACCACUGAUGCACGUAUAAAAAUAUAAGUGAUGAUUUUACCGAUAGAAGGAGUUGGUUUUAAUUGAAGAAUUCGAAAGGUGCGUCCCUGAUGACAUAAAGAGAUAUUUAGAUGAAAAGGAUGCUGCCACUUUGCAGGAGUCUGCUAGAUUAGCAGAUGAGUUUGCUUUAACUCAUAAGGUUAAGUUUACCCCGAAUAAGAGCUUCCAAAAGAAUAGCAGGGAUCACCAGUGCAAACCAGAAAUUAAAGUUUGGACUAGUGAUAAGAGUAAGGAUGAAGGGAAGCAGUUGAAGGAGAAAUAUUCUGGUCCUAAUUGUUACUGUUGUAGGAAAGCUGCUUAUGUGAUGGAUAAUUGUUCUGUCCUGAAGAAUAAAAAGGUAAAGGAGGCAGUCCCAAAUGCCUGUGUUGAAGCUUCUAUAAACCCAGAGGGUUCUGAACAUUCUGUUGAGGCUCAGUUAAGGUCUGAGAGGUCUGACUGAGUUAAGAAGGGUUCGAACAUUUUAUGUCAGAUGGGAUUGUAUUAGUAAAUGAAUUGGUACCAGUGAAAAUUCUGAAAAGAGGAUGCUGUCCAAUUUACUGGGGCUUCUCAGUCACUCAUUCUAGGAGGCUGUGGUGGCCAGUGCUAUAAUAUUUGCUGUUGUGUACUGGGGCAGCAGGCUAGGGUAGCAGACACCAACAGAAUCAACAAACUCAUUCGUAAGGCCAGUGAUGUUGUGGGGGUGGAACUGGACUCUCUGACGGUGGUGUCUGAAAAGAGGAUGCUGUCCAAGUUGCAUGCCAUCUUGGACAAUGACUCCCAUCCACUGCAUAAUGUACUGGUUAGACACAGGAGUACAUUCAGCCAGAGACUCAUUCUACCGAGAUGUAACACAGUGUCAUAAGAAGUCAUUCUUACCUGUGGCCAUCAAACUUUACAACUCCUCCCUCGGAGUGUCAGACACCCUGAGCCAAUAGGCUGGUCCUGGACUUAUUUCCGCUUGCAUAAUUAACUUAUUAUUAUUUAAUUAUUUAUGGUUUUAUAUUGCUAUAUUUCUUCACUAUUCUUGGUUGGUGUGGCUGUAACCAAACCCAAUUUCCCUUGGGAUCAAUAAAGUAUGUCUGUCUGUCUGUACGUUAGACAGCAUUCUAAAGUUUGGCGAUGAGACUGACACUGCUGAGGUAAAUCUUAUUAAAGGCAUUCGCGGCGGCAUAAUUUCUGUGCCAUUGCACAAGGCAACUUUACUGUCAGGGUUGGUUUCGGGACCUGUUCAGAUCGGAUUAUGCUCCAGUUUACCGGUGGGAGAUGUUACUUCGUUGUUAGGGAAUGACCUGGCAGACGGUAAAGUUGUUCCUGCAGUGCUGUUGACAACUAAGUCAGCCACUGAUGACCCACUGAUGGAUUUUAACAUUUAUCCUUCCUGCCCAGUAACUCGAAAUAUGGCUAAAAGUCUGCCGAAGCAGACGGUUCUGUACAGAAUGAUUCUGAUACCCAUGAUAGCCAAAAUCGGGAUUCCGGUUAUGAUGACUUGUCAGGAACUUUUCUGCCUUCAUUGUUUCAACAGUAUUUAGGUAGUAGGUCUGAUGAGAAAGAUUUAUCCCUGUCUAGGAAGGAGUUUAUAGCAGAACAGAUCUGAGAUUGAAGCUUUAAAAGAAACAGCUCUCUCAAAUGAUGAGAUUAAGAAAGGGCCAGUAGGGUAUUAUGUCAAGGAUGGAGUGUUAAUGAGGAAGUGGAGGCCACCUGCUAUACCAGCGAGUGAGGAAUGGGCAAUUGUUCACCAAGUUGUAGUUCCUAAGGUUUAUAGGACUGAAAUGUUAACUUUGGCCCACACUAUACCCUUACAUCGACAUUUUGGAGUGAAUAAAACUAAACAGGAUUAUCAAAAAAUGGCACUCGCCUAAUUUGAGGACAGAUGUUGUGACCUUUCGCGGAACCUGUCACACUUGUCAACUUGUGGGUAAACCUAAUCAGGUCACCCCAGUGGCUCCACUGUAGUCUAAACCUGCAUUCUGUGAAUCCUCUUCAAAAUUUAUAGUGGAUUGUGCUGGCCCUUUGCCAAAGACUAAAGCUGGCCAUCAGUAUCUGCUAACUAUUAUGUGUACUACAUCCUGAUUCCCAGAGGCAAUACCUCUCAGAAAUAUUAAAGCUAAAACUGUGGCAAAGGCUGUUACCAAGUUUUUUACUUUAUUUGGCUUGCCUAAAGAUCAAGGAAGUGAUUUUACAUCUGGAUUAUUAUAGCAGGUAGUUGAUGAACUGGGAAAUACAUCAUCUGCAUACCAUCCAGAAUCACAAGGGGCUUUGGAAAGAUUUCAUUCUGCCCUCAAAACCAUGAUUAAGACAUAUUGUGAUGAAAAUGGAAAAGACUGGAAUGAAGGAAUACACUUGCUUUUGUAUGCAGUAAGAGAGUCAGUACAGGAAUCACUGGGCUUUACUCCAUUUGAGCUUGUAUUUGGUUGUAGAGUGAGGGGACCUUUGACCUUGUUAAAGGAACAGUGGAUUGAUGGGGAUGUACAUGUUAACUUGUUAGACUUAGAAGAUCAAAGAUAAACUACUCCACACCUGAGGUCUAGCGAGACAAAACUGAAAGAUUUCUCAAAACAAAAUGAAGUGUUUGUUUGAUAGGAGGGCUUGCGAAAGAAAAUACCAGUUGGGGGAUAAGGUGCUUACCUUAGGUUGAAGAAUGUUGACAAAUCCACUUCAGGCGAAUCUCAAUGGACCGUAUGAAAUAGUCUCUCAAAUUAAUGAUCUGAAUUGUGUUAUUAAAACACCCGACCAAUGUAAACUAACACAGGUGGUACACAUAAAUAUGAUAAAGCCUUAUUUUGACCAGCAGGCACCAUCUGUGAGUGUUGUUGUCAAAACAUAUGAAUCUGGCAAACCUGCAAAUGAAACAAUUGACUCAUCUGAGAAUUUUCACAAGCCAAACAUGGUCCCAGUUAGGCUAAUAAACUCGGUUGUUCUGGAAAACAGUGAUAACAAGUUGGGUCAUCUGCAGCCAAAGCAAGAACAAUAGCUGAAGGAAUUAAUUCUGGAGUUUAAAGAUGUAUUUCCCAUUGUUCCCAAGCAACCCAAGGUCGCAGUACAUGACGUAGAUAAAGGUCAAGCCAAACCGCUUAAACAACACCCAUAUUGCAUGAAUGCAGAAAAGUGUAAAUUGCCUGAGCAUGGAAUUGAAUAUAUACUGGAAAAUGGUAUUAUUAGUCCUUUAGCAGCAGAUUGCUCACCCUGUGUUAUUGUGCCCAAACCUGAUGGUAGUGUUAGAUUUUGCACUGAUUAUAGGAAGGUAAAUGCAGUAAAACAAACAGAUGCCUAUCCUGUCCCUAGGGUGGAUGAUUGCAUCAAUAAGGUUGGAAAAGCUGAAUUUCUUACAAAGAUUGAUCUGUUGAAAGGGUAUUGGUGUGUUCCAUUGACGGACAGAGGUAGAGAAAUUUCUGCAUUUGUGACACCAUCUGGUUUGUGUGAAUACAAUGUUUUACCUUUUGGAAGGAAAAAUGCUCCAGGAACAUUCCAGAGAAUGAAUGAUCCUUUUGGAAGGAAAAAUGCUCCAGGAACAUUCCAGAGAAUGUUUGAUUCUGUAAUUCCAGGGUUAGAACACACAGAUGCCUAUAUUGAUGACUUAGUCACAGGGAGUGACACUUGGGAAGAGCAUAUCUGUGCAGUGGAGAAGCUGUUUGACAGGCUUUCCCAGGCCAGCCUUACAGUUAACUUGGCUAAGAGUGAAUAUGGCCAUGCCACUGUGACCUGUCUUGGCUAUGUUGUAGGUCAAGGCAAGUUGGCUCCUGUUCAGGCAAAACUCCAGGCAAUUUCACAAGUUCCUAUUCUGACUGCUAAGAAGGCUGUUAGAAGGGUUCUGGGAAUGGAUGGAUAUUAUCGUAUGAACUUUGCUGCUAUCGCUCUUUCUCUGACCAAUCUCCUGAAGAAGGGUGAACAGUUUGUUUGGACCGAGCCUCGUCAGGAGGCAUUUGAUCGAUUUUAAGUUAUUAUGUGAGAAUAGGCCAAUCAAUGUAGUGCUGUCGGUAAAUUUAAAUAGCAGAUUGGAGCUGUGGGUGGCAAUACAAGUCAUGGGUGCACAGAGAGUAAAGGAGAGGGACAACCCUGUGGGGUAUGUGUGCUGAGGGUCAGAGAGACAGAGGAGAUGGAGCCUACUCUUACCACCUGCUGGUAAUCUGACAGGAAGACGAGGAUCCAGCUACACAAGGCAGGGUGAAAGCCGAGGUCUCUGAGCUUCUUGUCUAUACUUCACGCCUUUGUAUGGCUACUGCUCUGCCCAUGACUGCAAGGAACUGCAGAGAGCUUUGGAGAGCAGAGAACAUCAGAGAAACAAGCCUCCCCUCCAUGGACUCUUCCUACACUUACCCUCCCUCUGAAAAGCAGGCCAUGUACUCAAAGAACCUCAUAACCUGGACAUUCUUGCUGCAAACCCGCUCCCCCAUCGGGGAAGAGAUACAAAAGCCUUAAAGCGGGUAACACCCGGCUCAAGGACGGCUUCCUAUCUGCAGUUAUAAGCCAAAUGAAUGAUAAAAUGGACUCGACCUCACAAUGUAACUCGACGUGCCCCUGCACCAUAUGUCUAUCUGCACUGCACUUACUCUGCAGCCACAAUGCUUUGUUACAGUUAUUGUUUUGUCGUAUAUCAGCUCAAUGUACUGUUGUAAUGUAUCGAUCUGUGUGGAUGGUACGUCAGGCAAGAUUUUCAUUGUAGCUCAGUACAUGAUGAUAAUAAACAAAUUCCCCAUUUUAAUUGUGUGGAAAUAUAAGACAGACUGAGCUUCUGCUCUGGAACCUCAGAAGGAAACUGAACUGUUGUCAUUUCUGAGGAAUGCAAAUAAAUAGAAAACGCUUCAAUCUCUCAUUACAAUCUGUGGUAACUGGGAGCAGGUGACUGGUGGUGGGUCUCCCAUAUCAAUAUCCGAAUCAGGUUUAAUAGCACCGGCAUAUGUCAUGAAAUUCGUUCAGCCCUGGAACCUGAUUUUUAACCAUAGAUUUGAACAAUUGUGAUUUAAUAUAAGAAUAUAAAUAUCACAUAGUUAAAUUAUAUAAAUAGUACAAAAUGAAAAAAAGAUGUAAUAAACUAUUAUA